AAGUUCUACAGUGUUGCCAUUGUCCUUCCUCUCUAUCCACCUGCACUUCUCAGUUCUCGCAACUUCACAUUUUCCUCGCCAAAUCUUCAGCAAACCUUUGUCUUCGGUUUGGGGUUUUCAUCAAUGGGAAACGCAAACGGAAGAGAAGAUGGACCUGACGGCGGUGAUCCGUCGGAAAGUUCCAACGGCGAGUUAGGAUUCGGUCCGUCGGACGCUCACCCUCCGCACCCCGGACGUGUGGCUUCCUCUGAUUCGAUGGCCAACUCGCCGCCGGAGAGCCCCGGCCGCUCUCGAUCUCCUCUCAUGUUCGCUCCUCAGGUUCCUGUGGCUCCUUUACAAAGGAAUGAUGGUCCUCCCUUUUUGAGUCAAAUGUGGCGGGAUGAAUCUCAGGGAUUUGUUGAUAAUCCUCCCGAGACAGGAGUACCUACUCUAAUAACAUGGAACUAUGGUGGCAGUGAUGUUGCUGUGGAAGGAUCAUGGGACAACUGGGCAUCAAGGAAGACGCUGCAAAAAUCAGGUAAAGAUCACUCCAUUCUUUUGGUCCUGCCAUCAGGUACAUACCACUACAAGUUCAUUGUGGAUGGAGAGCAGAGAUAUAUUCCAGAUCUUCCUUUUGCAGCUGAUGAGAUGGGCCAUGUUUGCAAUCUUAUUGAUAUCAAUGAUUAUGUGCCAGAGAUCACCGAAAGUGUAACGGAGUUUCAGGCUCCACCUUCACCAGACUCGAGCUACAGUCGAGCUUUUCCAGGGGAGGAAGAUUUUGGCAAGGACCCUGUCGUUGUUCCUCCCCAGCUGCAUCUAACCAUCCUUGGCACACCAAAUUCGGAUGAAGCAGCUUCUUCUUCAAAACCCCAACAUGUUGUGCUUAACCACCUCUUUAUCGAAAAGGGAUGGGCAUCCCAGUCAGUUGUUGCUCUUGGUUUGACCCAUAGGUUCCAGUCCAAGUACGUGACGGUUGUGCUCUAUAAACCACUCAAAAGGUGAAUCCUCAACCUACAGGCUAUAAGCUUCAUAAAGAACCGAACCUGCCUGCGGUGCAUCUUACCAAUACUAUGAAUAUAACUGCUUAAGGUUUUUGACUCUUAUGGACAUGCAGCUCUUUUUAUAUUGUACAUACUGUUCUCUGAAUUCCGAGGGUUUUUUUUCGGUUAGUGGAAUAUAUUAUCGUCUCGUGUGGUGUAAUCUCC